AAUUGAAACCAAGCCCUACCCCUUUCUCUUUUUCCUCCCCCUUUUUUCCUCGUCGCUGUUUCACACGCACACUACGCUCAUCUUUUCUUUUUCAGAUAAAGUGCGCACAUUGACAUUGUUGCGCAGGCUUUGCUUGAGGCUUUGGGUUUCUGGGUCGGGAGCUAACACCCGGAUCCGAGGCCAUCCGUAGCUAGAGUCAGCAGUAGCUGUAGCAAGGGGGAGAAAAGAAAAGUCAAAACAGCACGCAGGUCCAACCUGGUGAGAUAAAGAAAAUUAUACGAAAGGAAGACAUGCCCGUGAACAAGAAUCGUCUUUCUUUUCCUUUUGGUUCUUUAAACAAGAAUCAAUAACCACCCGUGUGUUGUUGUUUGUGGGUGGACUCUUUUUGUUGUUGUUUGUGGGUGGACUCUCUCUCUCUCUCCCUCGCUCUCUCUCUCUCUCACGCGCGCGCGCGCGCGCACGCACGCAGAACUCACUAUUUCACUACACCAAUACUGGUGUCAACACCCAACAAGAAGGGAGAAGUGAGCAUAAAAAGGAACCUUCCUGGCACUCUUCCUCCACAAGCUCUCCCACUCCACUUUUUUGUUGGGUUGUUGUCUCUCUCUUCAAAGUCCAACCCCCAUUCUUCUUUAAAACCCCCAAAAGCCCCCCUCCAAUACUUCUCUAUCACAUUGCACUGCUCAGUGCUCACUACUCUCUCUCUCUCUCUCUGUGUUCUUUCUGAUCAAGACUUCCAUUGUAGCAGCAAGAACUGGCAGCAGCAAACAAGCAGGCUUCUCUCCACAAGUUGCUACUCGACAUGGAUAGCCAUGAUCUGUGUGCUUCAAGAUUGAGUCGAAAGAGGAAGUUUGAAUACCAAGAAGAUCAUGGAACCCUGGACUUGGAUGAUCUCAAUCAAGACCUCCUUGAAAAGGUGCUUUCGCGGCUACCAACCUCUGCGUUCUUCCGCCUCACUUCGGUCUGCAAGAGGUGGAAGUCGGUUGCUGAUUCCACGAGCUUCAAGCUCGCCUGCUCUGAGAUUCCUUCCCGUGAGCCAUGUUUCUUCAUGGUUGGCUCAUGCCUCAACAAAUCGGUCGUCUUCGACUCGGCCGAAUCCAAGUGGAAGCAACUCAAUCACCCAUCCUUCCUCCGAAAGGACCUCAGCUUUAUGCCCGUGGCCUCAUCUGGUGGCUUGAUCUGCUUCCGAAAUGCUUCCGGGAACUUCAUCGUGUCCAAUCCCGUGACAGGGUCUUUCCGUGAGCUCCCACAUACUGAGAACCAAACAAUUCAUGCCAUAGUGAUGCAAUCAAGUCCUGGGCCUUACCAUUCUUUCAAGCUUGUAUUGGUGUGUGGUGAAUUCCCAAGGGUCUAUUUCAAAACCUUCAAUUCGGCACUCAAUAGAUGGGAUGACGGUAAUCCGCUCAGCAAAAAUCACGAAGAUUCUGGGGAGAUCGAAGAGGAUGCUGUCUACUUCCUUAGUAAGGCAGGCAAUCUGGUGGCUACCUAUAUGCUCAGAAGCCCAUCAAAGCAAUAUUCCUCAGUUAUGACCAUCAAGAAUGGUCAUGAGAUUGUCUAUUUCCUAAGCUCCUCGGGGACAGUUGUGGCCUGCGACUUGACAAGCAAGUGCUUCUCCGAGUACCCGAGGCUACUGCCUAUUUGGUCCGAGUACUCCGUUGACAUAGUGGAGUGCAGAGGUGAGAUGAUAGUCGUGGUCUUAUCGGAAUUUUUCGAGAGUGCAAGCCUCAGGAUGUGGCGAUACAACGAAGGGAACAGGUCUUGGCAGCAAAUCGGGGCAAUGCCACCGGCCAUGGCCCAUGAAUUUUAUGGCAAGAAGGUGGACAUAAACUGCCUUGGGGCUGGUGACCGGAUAUUGAUAUGCUUGAAUUCAAGCGAGCUGUUUAGGUACAUUCUUUAUGAUUCUGUUGGCAAUGAAUGGAUUGAAUUGCCAACAUGUGAUAUGAAGGGUGAAGUGAUGGAGUUCAUGUCUGCCUUCUCCUUUGAGCCCAGGAUUGAGGCUUGUGGGUGAUAAAAAGGACGGUUUAGUUUGACUGCGGGAGUGUUUGUACUGGAGGGAUUAGGAGUGCUACUGAUUUUUGUAUUCUUUCCCAUUUGUUUUGCUUAUUGGCCAAAGAUUGCUAGGCCAAGAUUAUGACUUUCAUAAUUUUAUUCCGAGUUCAUACAUCAACUUGUUUUUCUGCUCAA